AACAACUUUACCUAAUGUACAUGUUUAAACACACAAAAAGAAUUUUACCUACCGUUAGACGAUUGGCCAGACCAUAUUCUACUCCUAAAGAUGAUUUUGUUAAAGCACCUGUAAAGUUUCAGGACGUUAUUGAUUAUGGUGUUUUUUUAGGAACAGGAGCUGGUUCAUUAUAUGGAAUCUGUAGUAUAAUCAACACUUCAAUUGAACGUUCAAUUGCACUGAUUAAUAAGAACAUUGAACUUAUUGGUAAAAACGUCGAACGUUCAAUCGCACUGAUUGAUAAGAAACUUGAAAAACUCGAUAAGCUUGAUACGGAUGUCAGCAAUAUAAAAGGAUACCUUAAAAUUAUGGAAAAUAAUUCAGUCAAAAAAAACUGA